AUGGGAACCCGAGCGGCGCAUCGAGGCCGGAGCGGGCAGCCGAGACGGCGGCGGGGCCGGCGGCGGCCCGGGAGCCGGGCUUAGGCUCUGUGGCCGGCGGGGCGCGGCCAUGAACGCGGCGGUGGUGAAGCGGACGCAGGAGGCUCUGGGCAAGGUGAUCCGGAGGCCGCCGCUGACCGAGAAGCUGCUGAACAAGCCCCCGUUCCGCUACCUGCACGACAUCAUCACGGAGGUGAUCAGGAUGACGGGCUUCAUGAAGGGCCUCUACACGGACAUCGAGAUGAAGUCCGACAACGUCAAGGAUAAAGAUGCAAAAAUUAGCUUCCUGCAGAAGGCCAUAGACGUGGUAGUCAUUGUCUCCGGAGAGCCACUGUCGGCAAAACCAGCUAGGAUCGUGGCAGGGCACGAGCCUGAGAGGACCAACGAGCUGCUGCAGAGAAUUGGAAAGUGCUGUCUCAGCAAGCUCUCCAGUGACGACGCGGUGAAGAGGGUGUUGGCCGGAGAGAAGGGGGACACGAAAGGACGGCCCUCACUGACGUCCAGACCGCAGGAACUGGAUAAUAAGAACGUGAAGGAAGACGAGCCCAGGGUCCAGAAAGACAAAGAGGAUAAAGGAAAUUCUGAACCAAACGAGAGAAGCACAGGCAGAGAUCAGAAACAGAGAGAGGACUUAAAGGAAGAAGGCAAACCCCGAGAGAAGGAAAGGGACAAGGACAAGGCCAAGGAGAAUGAGCGGGACAGACACAAAGAGCCGGAGCGAGACAAGCACCGCGAAGGGGACCGCGAGCGCGCCAAGAACCGGGCGCGGCCGGACAGGGAGAGGGACCGGGACCGCGGCCCCCGGGAGCGCGACAAGGACGCGGAGCGCCGGAGCGAGGGCGGGAAGGAGAAGGAGCGCGGCAAGGAGCGGGAGCGGGAGCGGGAGCGGCGGCGGCUGCGCAACGGGGAGCUCUGCAGGGACCCCGAGCCCGAGUGGAGCCGCGAGCGCGACCGGCCGGAGAAGAAGUCAUCAAGCUCAGGAGAGAUGUCUAAAAAGUUAUCCGAUGGAUCUUUUAAAGACCCCAAAGCCGAAACAGAGACUGAAAUUUCCACCAGAGCAUCCAGGUCAGUGACAACAAAGACGUCAAAGCGGCGAUCUAAGAAUUCAGUGGAAGGAAGAAAGGAGAAUAUUGUUUCAGCUAAAAUUUUAGACCCCAUAGUGCCUGGAUUAAAUAAUGAACCAGAUCAGGAAACUACAAGUUCAGAAAUAGGAGCGAAAGAAGCCAAUACUAACUCAGCUAGUGUUUCAGAUGACAGUGCGGCCAGUCCGUGGAGAGGCAGCGCUGAGUCAGAGCCAGCCACGAAGCAGAAAGGCGACUGUCCUAGUGAUGCAGAAGGAGACGUCGGAGCUCCCGGCCAGGAGAAGAGCGAGGCGCCCGAGAGCCCCGAGCCGCCCGGCGAGCUCCCGGCGGCCGUCAGGAGGAUACCUCGGCCUGGGAGCGCACGGCCCGCGCCUCCCCGGGUUCGACGGCAGGAGAGUGUGGAGGCGCUGACCACAGACAGGACGGGGAGUGGUAAAACCGUGUCCAACGUGAUCACCGAGUCGCAGAACUCUGACAACGAGGAAGACGACCAGUUUGUGGUGGAGGCCACCCCACAGCUCCCCGAGAUGUCGGAGCUCGAAAUGGCCCAGGCGGCGGACCUGGAGGAAGACGAGAAGCACGGAGGACUUGUCAAAAAAAUUCUGGAGACUAAGAAAGACUAUGAGAAGUUGCAGCCGUCGGCCAGACCUGGGGAGAAGGAGAAGCUGCUCGUCUUCGAGUCGGCCUGGAAGAAGGAGAAGGACAUCGUCUCCAAGGAGAUAGAGAAGCUCCGGGUGUCCAUCCAGACCCUGUGCCGGAGCGCCCUUCCCCUGGGCAAGAUCAUGGACUACAUCCAGGAGGACGUGGACGCCAUGCAGAAUGAGCUGCAGCUGUGGCGCGCUGAGAGCCAGCAGCACGCCGAGGCCCUGCAGCAGGAACAGAGCAUCACGGACGGCACCGUGGAGCCCCUGAAGGCAGAGCUGGCAGAGCUGGAGCAGCUGGUCAGGGACCAGCAGGACAAGAUCUGUGCUGUGAAGGCCAACAUCCUGAAGAACGAGGAGAAGAUCCAGAAGAUGGUGUACAGCAUCAACCUGAGUUCCAGGAGGUGAGAGCUCAAAGCUGCAGACUCCAGCGGGUCCCUCAGCCUGCGCGUAAGGAGGAGGCUGGCAUUUCGCUUCCGGUGUGAGGUUUCAGUCUAAAGGCGGCGGUGAGCAGCUCACAGCAUCAUCCUCCUGGUUUUCAGAGCUUUACCACCUUAGGCACAUUCGAGAGGAGAGACCGUGUUUCCCUGCCUUCCUCUGCUGGAACACUCGCUAGUUACAAACGGCUCUUGCAGAUGCCGCUGAUGUGAGAUGUUUCUCUGCAAGCCUGGUCUCUCCCGUCAGCUGUUCGGUCCUGGGCCGGUCUGUCCAGCGGGCGAGCGGUGCUGGGACCACCCGGGAUGUGGGAGUUCGAGACGGCAGACUCCGAGCCUGCUGACAGGACUGCUCAAGCCCCGAGUGAGGCUGGCUGCACGUUUUGACAGGAGCCUUAUAAAUGCAAUGAGGCCCAAAAAGCAGAGACUUAAAUUUUUAGCUUACUUCCACUUGCAAAGGGUUCAUUUCAGCCCGUGUCUUUAUAAGGUACCCAUGAACUCUAGUUUUUAACCUCUCUGUCAUUGCGUGUACCUUAACGCAAUUUUCUUAUUGCUCCCUAUUACGGUUUGCUUAUUUUUCCAGCCCUUAAAAGUUCGUAUAUUUAAAAAGGAGAUUUGAUUGUGGCCUUUGCGGGCUUCUUCUGACCUGAGAGUAUCAUAGGCCGGAUCCUCACUUUUUUCAAUAUCGAGCCCCUGGGCUUCCCCACGAGCACAUCAGUGCAGCUGCGGGAUCCCUCAUCCUCUCUAGAAGCAAAGCUUGCUCUUCAGGCCAAUGGCCCCGGCCUGUCCCUUUGCCCAGGUGUAAGCACCUGGGCACCUCAGAGACAGAUGGCUUAGGAAAAACCCGCGGAAGGAAAACUUUAAAGGAUGCACAGAUUUGCAGAAUUUUUUGAUGUUACCAUUUUUUAGAAAUGUUUUUUUAAAGCGAAAGUUUUUUUUUUUAAACAUGGUUUAUAUUUGGUUUUUCACUACACAUAAUAUUGUAAAUACUAAAGUCUUAUAUUUGUGUAUAAAGGAUUUCACUGUUUGGAGACAUGCUUACGGGUCUUAAAAUCUGGGUCCUGACACUUGUAUUCUAGAUACUGUUAUUUAUGAUGUAACCCAAGCAGUGUCAUUUUAAAUGUUAGAAUUUCCUGAGAAAGUUUUGUUUCUUUAAAAGAUUAGCACAGAUGGCACAGUUAAGUUUUUCUUUAGUGUAAUUUCCAAAAUAAAUCUGUUACAAAGGUCGUUCUAUGAUUUUUGAAGCUAAGUUCAAGAUUGGAUUAUUAAGAUGUGCCAUUGUGAAACACUGGUCUUUUUCUCCUUUCUGUAGUUAACCAUAAAAUUCUGUUUGCUGAAAUGACACUAGAUAUUAACACGUCAUUGGAGGAGGGGAGGUGUGCCAGUUACCCAGGCCUUCCUAUGUCCACAGUCUCUUUUCCACUGACUCAAGUGACAGCCACCACCCCAAAGGGACCCUGUUUUGCAUCAGGUUAAGAAGUCUGCCAUUUAUGAAUUUGUAUGUAAGACUAAGAGUUUUUGUGUUGCAAAAAAAUCGCAUACAUUGUAUGUGAGUCAAAUUUUGUAUGGAAUAGUCUCUCAAAUUGUAUCAUAAAAUUUAUUUUUAUCUUAUACAUAAAUCAUUAAAAAUAAUCACCUGUUUUUUUCUA